CAAUAUCUGUGACAUCACAGCCGCGGAAUUUGUAGCAUAGCAGUGCACAAGUGACAAGUUUCAGGUGCAUGGUAGAUAUUUAGUUUCAGGUGCAUUGUGGAUAAAAAUGGCGCAAGAGAGAAACAAUAAUCAGGCUCCUCUACUUUGUUCUAACGAUUGUGGCUUCUAUGGUAAUCCACGCACCAAUGGACUCUGCUCCGUCUGCUACAAAGAAUUUCUUCUACAAAGACAGUACAGCAGCAGCACUGGCAGAAAUAGUCCUCUAAUGGUGUCAGUUGGAAGUGGGGUGGAGGCUUCCGCUCCAAAGGUGGAUGAACAAACAGAGUCUGUGGCUCCACAGACACAAGACAGUUCUCUUCCCCAACCAGAAUCAGCCUCGUCUUCACAAGGGGAAACCCCAGACGGCAGAAUUACUAAAUCGGAGAAGGCACUAGCUGCAGCUUCAUAUAGUGCCCACAAUUCUUCAAAAGGACAAAGGCGCUCCUCAGAGAAGGCCAAAGUUAAGAAGACAAUCCGUUGCCACAUGUGUCACAAAAAUGUUGGACUGAAAGAUGCAUUGUGGAUAAAAAUGGCACUAGAGAGAAACCAUAAUCUGGCUCCUCUAUUUGGCUCUAACGGCUGUGGCUUCUAUGGGGAUCCACGCACCAAUGGACUAUGCCCCCUCUGCUACAUAGGACUUCUACAAAGACAGUACAGCAGCAAUGGCAGAAAUAGUCCUCCAGUGGUGUCAGUGGGAAGUGGGGUGGAGGCUUCCGCUCCACAUCAUGUAGUCAGUUCACAGAUGGAUGAACAGACAGAGUCUGUGUCUACACAGACGCAAGACAGUUCUCUUUCCAAGCCAGGUUCGGCCCCAGAUGGCAUGACUGCUGAAUAUGGACAAUUACUAGAUUGCAGACUCUCAGAAAAGGGUUUUAUUUUUCCAAUCGCAGAAAAUAAUGGAGUUCAGCGCGGUGUGUUACAAGAAGGGUCAAGAAGGGGUAAGAGAAAGCAUAGUGAAAAAGAACAGACGUUACACAGUGAUGAUGCUGCAGCUUCAUAUAGUGCCCAGAAUUGUUCAGAAGGACAAGACUGUCCCCCACAGAAGGCCAAAAUCAAAAAGACAAACCGUUGCCAUGAGUGCCGCAAAAAAGUUGGACUUACAGCCAUUGAGUGCCGAUGUGGAGAUAUAUUCUGUGGAAUACACCGAUACUCUGACAGGCACAGUUGCUCUUAUGACUAUAAAGCUGAAGCAGCUGAAAAAAUAAGAAAAGAAAACCCCGUUGUAGUCGGGGAGAAGAUCCGGAAAAUUUGAAAGUGAGCUACAGUCUGUGUCCUGGAUGACACCUGCAUUAUGGUGUGGACUGUUGUGGGGAUAACAUGUCAUACAACCCACCUGUAUCAUCUUGACUCUACAUCCAGGGAUACAGUUCUUUCUUCACCAUCUUUCUGCCACUUUUCAUAUUAU